AUGGCUGAGAAAAACCUUGUUGAUAUCAGGAAUGGUAGACGAUCAAGGUGCUCUUCGCCAAAUGAAUCAGACGAUAGCAGUGAUGAUUCCGAUCAUGAAGGAGGUGGAAUGCGUGUUGGCAGUGACUAUCAGGCCAAAGUUCCAGAAUACAAACCAGAAAUAAAGCCAGACCCCAGAAAUGAUGCUAUCCUUGUGUGGGCCCCAGCUAUUGAUCUCUCAGAUGGAAAAGUUGAUGAGUAUGUUAAUAUUGCUAAAGAAAAACAUGGAUAUAACACAGAACAGGCAUUAGGAAUGUUAUUUUGGCAUAAACAUAACAUUGAGAAGGCCCUAGCUGAUUUACCUAAUUUUACUCCUUUCCCUGAUGAGUGGACCGUUGAGGAUAAAGUCUUGUUUGAGCAGGCCUUUAGUUUUCAUGGGAAGAGUUUUCACAGAAUUAGGCAGAUGUUUAUCAGUAUCUCUUGGUUAAGGGAGCACACCACGAUCAUAGUCACUGUUCUUUCCAUACAGUUACCAGAUAAAUCCAUUGCGAGUCUAGUCAAGUACUAUUACUCCUGGAAGAAGAGCAGAUCACGUACCAGUCUGAUGGACAAGCAGGCCAAGAAGCUGAGCAAGACAGGGGACAGUGAUGAAGAGUCUGAUUCCAACGGGAAACGCUCAGGUGAUGAAGAGGAAACUCCUAAAGAGAAUGGGAAGGAGGAGAAAGACACAUGUGGGAAUUGUGGCAUCAGGACAACCCAGCUUCAUAUCACUCCAAAAGGAUCCCUUUGCAAUUCCUGCUAUCAGUAUUGGAGGAGGACCGGCGUGAUGAGAACGGCAGGCCCCAAGAGACACGACCAUGGACAGCACCGUCACAACCCAAUGAAGCACAAGAGGAAGCCACCCCGAGGAAUGCACCUUAACUAUGAGGACCUACAGGUCAUUGUGAAUGGGCCACUGAGUCAGGCUGACGCCCUUCUCAAAUCGCUCGAUCAGGAGCUAGUGUCCCUCAAAAGACAGGUUCAGAAUAAUAAACAGAUGCUCAGUCUGCAGAAACACAAGAUGGUAGCAGGGAUUGAUGAUGUGAAACCUCCGGAGACAAACCCAAGAAUCAAUGCCAGGUGGACAAAUGAAGAACUUCUUCUGGCUGUUCAAGGUGUGCGUAAAUAUGGCAAAGAUUUUCAAGCCAUAUCAGAAGUGAUUGGGAACAAGACUGAAGCCCACGUCCGCAGUUUUUUUGUUAACUUUAGGAAAAGAUAUAAUUUGGAUGAAGUUUUAGCAGAGUAUGAAGCUGAGCAUGGAAAAUCAGACUCAUCAGACAAGCUUGAAAAUGAUGAAAAAGAGGAUGAAAAGGUGUGA